AUGACAGAGGUCAUCUGCCCGCUCGAUGCGCGAGGCAUCGUGGCCCCCCUGCUGCCGUCGCUGCCCAGCGCCGCCAUCGCGUCUGAGCCGGCCACGGCCAUUCUUCCGCUUCUCACACCCAUUCUACGCCAGCGCGUACAGUUUCUCUCGGCAUCCAGCUCCGAGCCCUGGAUCCGCCUGCUCUCCUACGACGCGGUCAAAGCAGCCAGGCUGGUUGAGAUUGCCCGCAGCACCCGGCUCGAGCCCCAUCCGCUUUCGGGCGAGGUGGAGAUCGACUGGGACAGCGCCGGUGCCGGCAAUGGUGGCGACGUCCAGAUUCGUUACCAGCGCAUCGACAUCGAGACCCUGCAGGCCCUCGUCCUCCUGCGAGAUCUCGACCUCGUCUUCCGGCUAGUCUACUGCGAAACUGACAACGAAGGGGGCGGCAGCGGCUGGCGUGUCGGUGAGGUCAGCAUCCCCGACACUCCUGACGCCUUUGCCUCGUUUGGCGGCUACCAAUCAGCCGCCGAGGCCGAGCGGGCGUUUGCCGGUACUGGUGCAGGUGCAGGUGCAGGUGCUGCAACAACAAAAACAUCAGCAGACCAAGACACAGAUGACGAGGACGACGACUACUGGGCCCAAUACGACGCCACACCCGCUCGCACGCCUGCUGUCAAGCGCUCUCCAGCACCGCUGCCGACUGCUGCUGCCACCAGUACCCAGCAGAGCACAGAGACAGAGGCCGACGACGCCUACUUUGCGCAGUACGACACCGUGCAGCCGGCCAUGGACAGCCACGACCCCGAUGAGGACGUUGGGGAACCCGCUAUUGCCACACCUCCUAUCGGGUUCGGCCGGCCGACGGCUGUCCUGACGCUCGAGCGCGCUGUCAACGGCAACACCAACGGCAACGACGCCGGCGAGGACAACGAACGCCUCGCCAACCUGAUCCACCCGCGGCCUGCCUCGGCCUCGAGCCAGAGCUCCUCGAGCGGAUCGGCGGCGGUCGCCAAGCUAGAGCACUCGGCCGACAAGCGGGAACGGGGCGAGUUUGGCGUCAAGCAGCACGUGUCGCGAAGCAUCAAGAGCCUUUUUAUGCUCGCCAGGGCGUCGGGCAUUGACCGCGAAGAAUUCGAGCAGCUCGUCAAGACGGAGCUGGACAUGUUGGCAAUGAUGGAGGACGACUAG